UAGUUUGCCCACAUAUGAACCCAGGAUAUUGCGAAAGAAGAUUAGUUGUCGUGAUUUAAUAUUGGGAAGCCGCCUCCACAGAAUCGCAAGAUUGGCCUUAAACUAAAUCAAGCGGAUAUUUUUUUCGUGUCAGCAUGGCCACUAUAAAUCCUCCAUGAACUCUCCGCCCUUCAUCACAAAAGAUCAGCUUGCUGGUUUGUGAGAGUGAUUACAAUUUCAUCGGAGAGGAGAGAAAAAUGGCUUCCAUAGCAGCGAGCAGGGUUGUAACCAUCCCUAUCAGAGCGGCGGAGGGCCUCCAGGACGGCUUCAAGCAGCGUUCGGCUCUGUCGUCUAAUGGCGGCUUUGCGGCUUUCACGCGCCGCUCAGGCGUUGCUCUGAGAGCGGGAAGAGCAGGCGUUGUCCAGGCCGUGGCCAAAUAUGACCUCUCAAACUUCAAGUUCGAGCCGAUUCAAGAAUCCGUGGUCUCCCGCGAGAUGACGAGACGGUAUAUGAUGGAUAUGAUUACCCACGCAGACACCGAUGUUGUGAUCGUGGGCGCUGGCUCUGCGGGGCUUUCCUGCGCGUACGAGCUGAGCAAGAAUUCGGAAGUGAAGGUGGCCAUAAUCGAACAAUCCGUUAGCCCUGGUGGUGGUGCAUGGUUGGGCGGGCAGCUUUUCUCCGCUAUGGUGGUCCGAAAGCCCGCUCACUUGUUCCUUGAUGAGAUUGGCGUCCCCUAUGACGAGGCCGAUGAUUAUGUGGUUAUCAAGCACGCGGCCUUGUUCACUUCCACCAUUAUGAGCAAGGUCUUGGCCAGGCCUAACGUCAAGCUCUUUAAUGCCGUUGCUGCGGAAGAUCUUAUUAUUAAGGAAAACAGAGUCUCUGGGGUUGUGACGAAUUGGGCGCUGGUGUCCAUGAACCACGACACACAGUCGUGCAUGGAUCCCAAUGUCAUGGAAUCCAAGGUGGUGGUCAGCUCCUGUGGCCACGAUGGCCCAUUUGGGGCCACGGGUGUAAAGAGACUCAAGAGCGUCGGGAUGAUUGACAGUGUGCCCGGGAUGAAGUGCCUCGAUAUGAAUGUUGCUGAGGAUGCGAUCGUUCGUCUCACUAGGGAGGUUGUGCCGGGCAUGAUUGUCACCGGCAUGGAAGUUGCUGAAAUCGAUGGUGCUCCUCGAAUGGGACCCACCUUCGGAGCAAUGAUGGUUUCUGGCCAGAAGGCAGCUCACUUGGCACUCAAAGCCCUAGGCCUACCAAAUGCAUUGGAUGGAUCUCUGAAUGUGCAGCCAGAGCUUACUUUGGCUUCUGCUGAAGAUGAGAAUACUGCAACUGCUUAGUUUCUCUUCUAGUGUAACUGGCAGUUACAUUUUGUUUAUCAAUGUAUAAAAUCACUAUGGAGUCAAUAAUGUACUUCAUGAUGUAAUAGACAUAUGGAGUUACCAAUCCAUGGCCUUGUUUCAUAUCUUAAAUCCAGCUUCUCUCUU